AGUCCCGUACUCUUAUUCCUAGCAACAAGACGCUGUAAGUAUUAUUAUAACGCAAAAUGCCAAAGAAAAAGGUAAAGAAAGUUAAAAAGGAUAAAUCCGCAAAGAGCAACUCAUCCGAUAGUAAGCCUAAAGAACCGAUGGCUCCUGAUCGAAUAGAAAGACCUCCAAAAUUUGGAGAAAAGCUUAUGGAAUUACUAAAAACUCAUAAAGUCGAUGAAAAAGAAUUAUACGGUCGCAAAGUUGCAACGAAAGCGUUGGACCGUCUUACUUCAGAUGAGAUACAUGAUUUGGGAAUAGUUUUUGAUACUUUUGAUUCGAACGAAGAUGGAUAUAUAGGACCAUACGAAUUAAGAAGAGCUUUAAAAGUAUUAGGAUUCAAGAUAUCAAGAGAAAAAGCCCAGCAAUUAGUUCACGAAUCCAGUGCCAAGGGAAUAUGGGCAAUAAGUUUCAAUGAAUUCUUAGAUUUAGUUAUUGAAAAGCAAGGUGAAAGCCGAGACGUCUAUCAAGAGAUUUGCAAUGGAUUUAAAAUAUUAGAUAAAGAAAAGAAAGGUCGUCUUGAUAUUGAAGAUUUAAUAACUGCUUGCCAAGAGAAUAAUAUUAAUUUAGGGAAACAAGAUCUGAAAGAGAUGAUUCAGGAAGCUGAUUUGAACGGUGACGGAACUGUCGAUAAAGAUGAAUUUGUUAAAAUUAUGUUAAAAACAAACCUUUUUUAA